AGUAAACAGUGUUAGUCGAGUGAAACAAUCGUAUGACUCAUUGGCGGUGACAGAAUGAUUCCAACACAUUAGCGGGAUUGACAGUCUGGCGUCCGAGUUGGUGUGACAAAUAUAUCUAUUUAUUGUGGGUUCGAGAUUCUUUUUCUUUUUUCCUCCGAAAGUGAGAUUUGAAAAGAUUAGGAAGAAAAUGAAUCUUAUUGCAAGCCUGUUGAUGUUGCUGACGCUGACGGCGACUCAAGCGACAACCGGGCAGCGUCGGCAGGAAACCUCGUCCUUCGUCAGGGAGGUUUUCCCCAAGUGCGCCAACAUCACCGACGCCGAGAACAUGGACCAUCCCGCGCCCGACUUCGUCCAGACUCUGCAAGGCACUUUCACUCUCACCCUCGAAAUGACCAUGAUGAAGAAGAAAAUGACUUAUUACGUGGAAGAGGUUAGGGAGCGAUUUGAGUUCGGUGGGGAAGUUACGGACAGCGGAGCGGUGUACCUGCGGCGAAACGGUACCGAGACCACGUACCACUACUAUCCUACAUCUGGCAUGAUGGUGGAAGAACAAGACGGCCAGUGCAGACAGACAGGGACAGACGUUCCGCCAUUCAACCCCUGGGGCUGGUGGGAUCCAGACCCGACCCACGGCGCUAUGCUCUACGGGCCGUCCGCACUCAUCCGUAGGGCCUCCUUCAUCAACAAGAGGUACCUCGGAGGCCACAGAGAGAUCAACGGUGUAAUGUGUGAACGGUGGCUGGCUUGUGAAGCUCAGCAGUCUGUUAUGGUUUAUUAUUAUUUUUCAGAGAGGCCGUGGCAGAUGCCCGAAGCCCCUUUCUUCAACGAGGGCAACGGCAGACUCCCCGUGCAGGUCGAGGUGGAGUUCAUGGACGGAUCAGAGAGGAUCCAGUACAACGUCUUGAGUUUUGUGCCGUUCGUGAGAAAUCCGACGCUGAUUGAGGUGACGUAUAGUGAAGUUCUCUCCUUGAGUCGCCUGGACUACCCAUACUCCACGAACAGGUUGAAAAUUAUUCAUGAUUUCAAUACAGGUGUCCAGUAUGUGGUCGAUCGCGUAAGUGGCAGCUGUAAUAGAUCGUGGAUUCCUGCAUUCACCUUUGAUUCAGAUAUGAACACCAUGUUGGGCCCAAAUCAGCUGUUUCACCUCGACGAUUCCUUUGCCUUCGUCGGUCAGCGGGACACUCGAGGAUCCGUGGCCGACCUGUGGACAUCGACGAGGAGUGACCUGCCUGACGCGGCCACGGGAGGAUUUCAGAAUUUCCCGAAAGCUGUUUUGGAGUAUUAUUUUGUGACGAGCCAAGAGGAAACACCUGAAGGCAAAGAGGAAAUUAAUGUUCCGCUGAGAGGCGAUGUAUUCGUGUACAACAAUUCAGAAUCCAGUGAGGUCGUUGCCAUGAUGACAGCCAACAUCUACGACUUCUCUGUCAUAAGGCUUUACACGGAAACAGAGUUCAGCGUCGAAGAAUGCUUUGAGAAGACGGACGCUGACUGGUCGUACUUGGUUAUUUCUUUUCCUUCGAGUAAAGGUUCCGUGACUGACCUGGUGAUGAAAAACAUAGAUGAGUUUCGAGACCAGAUUUUCUCCCUCGUCGUUCAUAAGGGCAGUCUCUCUCCCACGCGCGUUGCUUCGGUCGACGUGUCUGAAGGGGUGGCUGGCGAGGUCGGUGUUACAGACUUCAUCAUUGCUUCUGUCAAACUGCUUGAUCGAGUUCCUUACAUAUUCUCGUACAAGCCUAUGCUUGACGAACCUCACCCUGUGCCAGGAGAAAAUGAAAAGUCGUUUGAGGAUAUUAAAACUGCUGAAGAUUGUGCGGAACUUUGCUCUCUUGAAAAAGGUUUCCAGUGCAAGUCAUUCCACCACUGCGACGACCACGUGUGUUUCCUAAGCCCGACGGAAGAGUCAGAUGGAAAACCAGUGAUCACGACCAACAACUGUUCCCACUGGCUUGAAUUCGCUACCAACAGGACGUUCGUGGAUCUGCCCACGAGCCAAGCCUACGACGAGAUACUGCAGGCCAUUCGCCAUGAUGAGUUCACUGUCGUCAUUCUGGAUAAGGGAACCGAAGUACAGCUGGGGGCGUCUGAGGCGAUCCUAUAUCGAAGUCCGGACCCACUAAGAGGUGUGAGGAGACAGUUCACUCUCGCUGCUCGUAGGACCUCCCUUAAACACCCCGAUGAUGGUGUUGAGCAGAUCGACACCCUAGAGGAAUGCAUGACCCUGUGCGUGACCUGGCAACCCUACCGCUGUGAGACCUUCGCCUACCACUUCGACGAUCACAAGUGCCUCCUCAGUGCCACCCACAGCGACGACCUGAAUUCUACCAUGACCUCUGCAAGGAGUCAUGCGGACCUUUAUGAUCGAACCUACCUCAGUGAAUACAAAGUGGUGCUUGGUGGAGUGGCUCUCAAUGGCACUGGAGUCGUUAUUCCCGAAGUCAAUCACCUAGACACUUGUGCCAGGCAUUGCUCGCAGGACACCACAAUAUCCUGCAGGAGCUUUGAAUGGUGUCACGAGGAACGCACGUGUCGCCUCCAUGAAGAAUAUUUCCUUGACGUGGCUGAAGGAGGAGACUACGAGACACAUACUUCGUGUAUUCACUUCUCUAAGAACGCGGCAGAGACCUUUUCACAGCACCCCCACCAGGGCCUACAGAAAGACAUGCACCGGUUUGUGGCCUCAAACUCCGAUUCUUCUGCGUGUGCUAAACUGUGCUUGGGCUCAACAGGCGAAGUGUGCGAGAGUUUUGACUUCUGCUCGACAUGCGGGGAAGAAGAGCAAGGCGUGUGUGGCCAAGGCUUCGAGGAGACGCAGAAUAUCUGUUUCCUGAGUACACAUCAUGUCGGUGAGGCUGAAACUGUAAUCAAGACUGCCCCCAAUUGUCAGCAUUAUUCACGUGAAUUUUUCGGCGAAAUGGAUUAUCCGACGUGGGUGGCCAGCAAGAGACGGUCAGAGUAUCCUUAUACAUCAGGCGACAUGGCCGGUCUGGCGGUGGGCGUGCUUCUCCUGGGCGCCCUUCUGGCUGCGGGUUUCCUCUUCGCCAUCGUCAGGGUCCGCCCACACGAAGAAGCCCCGAAUGAGGAGGUGGGCGUGUCCUUCCUGCACCUGAAGAAUGCUGUCGAGGGAGAAUCCGAUUUUUAAAAGAGGCUUCGAGAUCUUUGUUUCGGUGUUUCUUUUUUCUCUUCUUCCCUUCUUUCGUUUUAAUGUUUUCCUUAUUCGUCUUUUUUUUCUUCGUUUGCUUCUUCCUUUAUUUAUUCUCCAUUCUCACUGUUUGUUUCUCGUCUUUCUUUUGCUUCUUCUUAGUCAGUUACUACUUGCUUUUUCCUCCUAUUUUUCUUUUUCUUCAUCAUCUUUUUCUUUCUUUUUCUUUCUUAGUUUUUGGUUCCUUGAGAGAAAGAGAAAAAGAGAAAGAGAAAAAAGAGAGAAAGAGAAAGAGCGAGAAAGAGAAAAAGAUUAUAUAUAUUAUAUCCAGUCAACAGUAUAUCGAUGAUAAUAUAAAGCUUUAAUGUA